UAUGAGACAUAUGGAAGACAUCAUGUUAAUCUUUGUGUCUUUAUUGUGUGUUUGUUCUUGUGGUUUAGGUCUUUAUUUUUACAACACUGCAUGGUUGAGACCUAAAAGGAUCAUUAAAGAGUUAAGGAAGCAAGGUAUCAAUGGCCCUAAGCCUUCAUUCCUUGCAGGGAAUGUCCCAGAGAUGGGAAAGAUCAUGGCUUCCAAGAAGGCAAAAGAAGAGUACUGUUCUUUCACUGAAGACUAUGCCAAGGUUCUCUUCCCUUAUCUUCUUCAAUGGAGAAGAAAAUAUGGUCCAAUAUUUGUGUAUUGGAUAGGGAAUAAACCAGCAUUAUAUGUGAGCCAGAAAGACUUGGUGAGGGACAUAAGUCUUUGUGUGUCCUUAGAUUUAGGCAAGCCAGUGCUCCUUCAGAAGGCACACAUGCCUCUCUUUGGUAAGGGCAUCCUCAAGGCAAAUGGCAUGGAAUGGUUCAAUCAAAGAAAACUCAUAGCUCCUGAAUUUUUCAUGGACAAAGUUAAGAGCAUGAUAGAGUUGAUGGUGGAGUCUGUUAUGCCACUGGUGGAUUCAUGGGAAAGUAAAGCCAAGAAUGGAGGAGGUGUUGCAGAAAUAAUAGUCGACGAAGACUUUAGAAAUUUUUCAGCAGAUGUGAUUUCAAGAGCGUCUUUUGGGAGUAAUUAUGCCGAAGGGAGGGAGAUUUUCGAAAAGCUAAGGGUUCUCUCAUUAACAAUCUUAAGAUCAAAUAACUUAUUUGAUAUUUCUUAUCUAAGAUUUUUACCGACAAAACGAAACAAGUUAAUAGAAAAGCUAGAAAAAGAGACGGGAACAUUGAUACUGAAUUUAGUGAAAGAACGAAAAGAAGACACUCUAGUUUCAUCGAGGAAAGACUACUUCCUGACAUCUUUGCUAGAGAGUGUAAGCACCACCAGUGAGACAACACCGAACUCCUCGAGCUCUACCGAUUGCUUCAUUGUCGAUAACUGCAAGAACAUCUACUAUGCCGGGCAUGAGACGAUAGCGGUCACCGCCACUUGGUGCUUGAUGCUUCUCGCUUCCUAUCCAAGAUGGCAAGAUCUCGCAAGAGAAGAAGUCAUGGAGCUUUGCAAGGGACAACCACCCAAUGCCGACAUGAUCCAAAAGAUGAAAACGUUAACAAUGGUGAUCCAAGAGACACUGAGACUCUACCCUCCGGCAUCAUUCAUUGCGAGAGAGACAUUCAAAGAGAUGAAGUUUGGCGAUGUAUGCAUUCCGAAAGGAAUUAACAUAUGGAUACCGGUGUCAACAAUGCAUCAAGACAUGGAGAUAUGGGGAAUGGACGCAGGAAAGUUUAAUCCAGAGAGAUUUGUGAAUGGUGUAUUAGGUGCGUGCAAUGGCCAUGGGUACAUGUUCAUGCCCUUUGGUUUUGGAGCUAGGACUUGUUUGGGACUUAACUUUGCAAUGGUGGAGUUGAAGGUGGUGCUGUCCAUGCUGUUGAUGAAGUUCACUUUUGCUUUGUCUCCACAGUAUUGCCAUUCUCCUGCUUUUAGGUUGAUUGUUGAGCCUGAGUUUGGUGUUCAUCUUAUUGUUAAGAGGGUUUAAAUAAUAUUUACGUAGGGUAGGGUGACUGUCAUAAUUCUAGGGAGAUUGAGGGUUGAACUCUCUUUUAAUA